AUGUGGAUGUCUCCACGGCAGAAUCAAAGCGGGGUUUCUGAGUUCAUCCUAGUUGGCUUCUCUGGUGACCCCAUGUCCAGCUGGAUCUUCUUUAUUGUCUUCCUCAUCCUCUACCUGAGCUCAGUCCUGGGGAAUGGGCUCAUCAUCACUCUGAUCUGCCUAGACACGCAUCUCCACACUCCCAUGUAUUUCUUCCUCUGUAUCCUCUCCCUGCUGGAUAUGGGAUACGUCACCACUGCCACACCCCAGAUGUUGGUGCAUCUUCUUUCUCACUCUCAGACCAUCUCUUUUGCUUGCUGUUGGCUGCAGAUGUAUGUGUUUAGUGCCCUGGGCAUUACUGAAUGCAUAUUUUUUGUAGUCAUGGCUUAUGAUCGCUAUGUGGCCAUUUGUUACCCACUGCGCUAUACUGUCAUCCUUAGCUGGAGCCUGUGCAUUAAGAUGGCAUCUGGGUGCUGGGUUUGUGGUUUUUUCUUCUCUCUCAUCCAUACCUACUUCACCAUGAGGCUGCCAUACUGUGGACCCAACAUUGUCAACCACUAUUUCUGUGAUGGCCCUGCAGUUCGAUGCUUGGCUUGCAUGGACACCCACCUCAUUGAAUUGGUGGACCUGGUCAUCAGCUUCUUUGUGAACGUUGUCCCAAUCUCUCUCAUUGUGGCUUCCUACACCCGUAUUGCCCUGGCCAUUCUCAAGAUCAAGUCCACACGAGGCCGCUGCAAAGCUUUCUCCACCUGUGCUUCCCACCUGACCGUAGUCACCUUCUUCUAUGUUCCAGCCACCUACAUCUACUUGAGGCCUAACUCCAGCUAUUCCCCUGAGCAGGACAAGCUGGUUGCACUGUUUUAUAAUGUUUUCACGGCCCUGCUCAAUCCUGUGGUCUACAGUCUGCGGAACAAGGACAUCAAGGAGGCUUUUCUUAAAGUGAUGGGGUGGGGCAGGGUGGUCUUGUGA